GGCCAUUAUGGCCACCCGUACCCGGCACCCGCUACCUCCCCACUGCAGAGCGCCAAGCCAUGAAUGCGAUCCUCAAGCGCCCUCGUCUUAAAUCCUUCCUACCCCCGCCCAGGCCCUUCCCCCGUGACUCCGUCAACCGCACCGCCGCACAUUGCUUGUUGGCUCUCCAGUUCUCCACCACCAUUGCUGACUGACCACAACAACCACCCUCUCCACGGCGCGCCAGUCCGCCAGUAUAUAAACACCCGCGCUAGCUGACGCUGUGCCCAGAGAAAUUAACAGGCGGCGGGGCUCAUAUAUAUCAUCUGUGUUGAUUACUUGAUUGGGCGAGGAGAAAGGAGGAUCGAGGAUGGUGUCGAUGUGCUUUUUGGUGGAGCAGCGGCGGAAGGUGCGGAGCAGCAAGCCGGCGGCGGGGAUCUGCUCGCGGUGCGGCGGGUGCGCGAGCGUGGCGGACAUGGAGACGGCCACACGCCUCUGCUACCUGCUCACCGUGCACCGGGUCACCUGGCGCGCCAUCAUCUGCACCUUCUGCGGGGCCAUGCUCAAGUCGUACCGACACUACCGCCUCCACUACUAGCCGCCCCCCCCCCCCCCCCCCCCAACAAUCUGCGCGCAGGGCGCCGGCCGGCCACCGCGCCCAUGUACGUGGUCUGCGCGUCUCGUUUCUCUGACGUGCGUACGGUACGGCGGAGUACUACGCGCUUGCUUGCUAGUUUUCGUUUGAUUAAUUAGUUGGUUUUCCUGCUCUAUCUUGGAGAUGGAUUUCAUUGCACUGGCAUCUCCUUGUUAUGCACAUACAGUAAUAUGGAAGACGAGAAGUCUUGAUUAAUUUUUACUUACAUAAUUAAGCUUCCAGCUGCAAAUGUUCCGUAUGCAUGCAUAUAUUGCCCUUGCGCCCUUUCAUCUCUUUUCUUUUCACUACGAUUCAUACAGAAGGAGCAUAUGGAUCAUUGAAAUACACAAUUAAUUAAUUGGUAGCUUUCUCUUCGAAUUGCAUGACUGCUAUCAUACAUUUCCACUCCGCAGCAUAUAAAGUGUGAUUGGUUCCUCACACCUUUCAGAAAACCUGUUGUCCACUGUACUGAGAUACUGCUACUAUUUCCGAAAUAAAUAAGGACAGUGUAGGGCAUAUUUGUUUGUGAAUUGGUGAUGUGCUGUUAUUCCUUUUUUUCCCUUCCCGACUUACUUCAUCCGGAGGGGAAAGCAAAAGAAUUUGGAGAUGGAAACCCGUGACAGCCGACCACCAACAAAUGAGCAUUAACUGCAUGUGCAUGUCAUAUGUGACAACGUACGGCACAUGGACGUUGACAGGCCUAAUUAACCAAACAACUCUGCGCCAGCUGGUCUCUGUGUAAGAACAUUAACUACCGCGAUUCCCCAGAGCGCAGCUGAGGUCGCUGAAGCUGUCGAAACGCCAUUCUUUAUUACGGUGCUGGUAAUUAAUGAAGCCAGUGUACCUACGUGCACGGUGCAAGAAAACGCAACCAUGUGUUCAUUCAUGAUCGCAAAGCCGCGAUUCUAAAACAUCGUUAGAAAUACGGAGUAGAAAGCAAGAAAAAAAAUAGCGCGAUAUUUCGCCGGUUUAGCGUUGCUACAUCGAGUUUGAAGAGCCUGCCAUCGGAGGUGGCCAACGUACGAUGGAACUAGUAGCGUGGAGUUACCUAGACUAAAAAUUAGGCGGCAUGAUCGGGCCUGUUUGGAUCCCUACCAAAACUGGCCUUACCAAUAAAUUGGCGUGCCCUUGAUUUUUGGUCACCGUUUGGUUCGCUACCUAUUUUGGCUCGCCCUCCCCACCUCAGGCGCGCCCCUUUCUAUUUCUCGCCAACGCGCGGGCGCGGCGACGGCGAGGAAAUCGUCCGCCAAAAACUUGGCGACCAAAUCGCGCGCAAUUUUCUCGUCGAGGUAUAAGAGCUGAGCGUCAAUCUCCACAGACCAUUUUCCAUCAGCCGCACACCACGAGGAGCAGAAGACGAAGCGGCUUAAGAUCUGUAGCCGUCACCGGCCGGCAGAGUGAAUGAGUGCUGCUCCGGCGGCCGUCAAGCCCGACCUCGACCUGUCUUCCUCCUCCCUCCAACGAUUGGAGCCUAACCCCAAGGAUGCUGGUGGCAAUGGUGGAUCUGCAUAUGCUCUUAAAUUGCUGCAAGUUUAGCCAGGCUAUCUUUUGUUUAUAUCACUAGAAGCACUUUAGGACUAGUGGUAUUCUGGAUACCAUAUCAUGUAUAUUUUGUCUGUAUUGAUCAGACUGGGGAGUAUGACAGGUUAUGAUAUACUGAUCAGAUUUUGUCUA